GGCGCGCCCCUCGCCGCUUCCGGCAGUGGCGGGCGGUUCCGGCGCGCGCCCGAGGCGGCGGCGGCGCGCGGCGGGGGGCUGUUGGGGCGCGCGCGGGCCGUGGUGGACGGCGCCGUGGCCGCCAUGCAGCUGACGGUGAAGGCGCUCCAGGGCCGCGAGUGCAGCCUGCAGGUGCCUGAGGACGAGCAGGUAUCCACACUGAAGCAGCUAGUCUCCGAGAGGCUGAACGUCCCUGUGCACCAGCAACGACUGCUGUUCAAGGGCAAGGCCCUUGCAGAUGGGAAACGACUGUCGGAUUACAGCAUCGGGCCCAACUCCAAGCUGAACCUAGUGGUCAAGCCCCUGGAGAAGGUUGUACUAGCAGCCGAUUCGCCACCCCCACCCGUCUGGCAGCUGAUCUCCAAAGUCCUGGCACGCCACUUCAGUGCAGCAGAUGCCAGCAGGGUCCUGGAGCAACUACAGAGGGACUAUGAGAGAUCCCUGAGCCGCUUGACCCUGGAUGACAUCGAGCGCUUGGCAAGCCGCUUCCUGCACCCUGAAGGGUCUGAGGCUAUGGAGAAGGGGUUGCCCAAAUAGCACUUGUGCAGUGUGGGGGAGGAGCCAGAGGCCAGGCCGCAGCUGCAUGUUGCAUUAAAUGUGUUCUCACGUGGCA